AUGUUCCCACUAUACUUCCCACCGGUCGCGUUUCAACAAACAGCAAGCAUGGAUUCCGUUGCGACUUUGGCACCUCAGUGUUUUGCGAAGCAGGUGGAUCUACGUGAGGAGGAGGGUUAUAACUAUGUUUGCAAAAAAUUGCGAUUGUUCGAAAGACAAGUUGGAUCCAAGCGAUGUAGAUGUUAUUGCGUUUCAAAUUCAGCUCUAUGA